GAGUCGACUGGACAAACGAACUCACAACGCUCCCGCCAUUAUCCAAGGGUGAAGGGCGAUAGUUCACAGCCAAUCAGAUCGUGUUACGUUACCCGGAAGUGUACGUGUUUUUACUUACAUGUGUAGCGAUGGUUAGUUAAUGAACCCCCGGGAGUACACAACAACAUUCCAUCUCACAAGUCACCAACACGCCAUGGAAAUUUCACAGCUGGUCCAGAUUCUGUGGUUCCUCCCUAUUUUAUACCUAUGUGAUUCUACAAGGGUCGACGCUAGUGACGAAAUGGACACUGAUUUCGAUUGGGAUGUUGAUUUUGACAGCUUCUUGGAAUCUAUAGAUUCAAUGGCAGAUAUGGUGUCGGAUUAUGUCGGCGAUGAAACCGGUUGUCACUACCGCUGUAUAAAUGCCGCGAAACCAAAGCCAAAGAAGGGUCAUAAGCCGAGAAGUAAUGGGUGUGGUUCGUUUGGCCUUGAGCUUGACACAAGUGCAUUGCCGGCGGUGACGAAGUGUUGCGACAACCACGACUACUGCUACGACACGUGUAACAACGACAAGGUGAAGUGCGACGACAAAUUCAAGGACUGUCUCAACAACGUCUGUGAUAAGUUAGGAGGAAUAGCGAGCGAAGAUCUCACCGGCGGUUGUCGGUCCACGGCGGAUCUCAUGUACGCCAGCACGUUGACGUUAGGAUGCAAGCCUUACAAAGACUCACAGAAAGACGCAUGUGCUUGUGAACACGAUGAGUUGUAAAGACAACAGCACAAAGUGGUGUUAGAAGCACGUUUUAGGGAAAUAGUAUGGUGAUGGACGUGUGGUUUUGUAUUUGUGUGUAUGUGUGUGUGAUUUAGACGUUUGAACGGAAGAGGAUAAUUGGAAGACGUACUGAACAAGUGGUUGCCUACACAGUGAACAUGUCAUUAUAGUGGCCAUGGUGUUGUUUGGUGCCUUGGCUGGAUGACAGGCCAGGUGGGAUGAAACAAUCUACAAUGGCAAUCCCAACAGAACCUAUUCUUUUCUCCGAUAUGAUACCUCACAGUCGGAGAUCUGCAGACAUCUCUUUGGAAGGUUGGGUCAAAUGAAUAUUGUGUUAGCCUUGAUCGCCCAAUUUAAAUUGUGGUUUUUCACCCCAUGGAAUGUCAGA